AUGGAUCAGUUGUCGGCGAUCAGCGAGGACCUGGCCGAGAUCGACGGACACAUCGCCGACAAUUUCCGCGCCCUAUCAAAUGGGUUUCAGAAGUUGGAGAAGAUUAAGGAUUCGAAUAGAAAGAGCCGGCAGAUGGAAGAGCUCACCGAGAAAAUGCGAGAUUGUAAACGGCUUAUUAAAGAGUUCGAUAAAGAGGUCAAAGUUUUGGAGAAUAGCUUUGAUAGAGAAACCAACAGAAUGUUGAAUGAGAAAAAGCAGUCAAUGAUCAAAGAGUUAAAUUCAUAUGUUGCUUUGAAAAAGCAAUAUGCUACAGAUAUUGAGAAUAAACGAAUUGAACUCUUUGAGGGGCCCAAUGAAGGUUAUGCAGAAGAAAAUGGCCUCCUGGCAUCCUCAAUGACAAAUCAACAGCUAAUGGAUCAUGGGAAUCGGAUGAUGGAUGAGACAGAUCAAGCCAUUGAAAGGGGAAAGAAGGUAGUACAAGAGACAAUAAAUGUUGGUACGGAGACUGCAGCAGCUCUUAAGGCUCAGACGGAACAAAUGAGCAGAAUUGUUAAUGAGCUGGAUUCAAUCCAUUUCUCUUUAAAGAAAGCAUCUCAAUUGGUGAAGGAAAUCGGUAGGCAGGUUGCUACUGACAAAUGUAUUAUGGCAUUACUUUUCAUUAUUGUCAUGGGAGUAGUUGCUAUCAUUAUUGUGAAGAUUGUGCACCCAAACAACAAAGACAUUCGCGACAUUCCAGGAUUAGCUCCUCCAGUCAAUAAUAAUCGAAGACUGCUUUGGAGUCACAGUGGAUGAAUUAAAAAUGAACAUGGUGAAGAGCUCAUGACAAAUGAGCAGU